GACAAGUGGCUGGGCGCUAUCCGGUGGCUGUGUAGCACCGACCCCCCUCUCGCGGCGUGCACGCUGCGGAAAUGGGACGAGACGCAGGAGCAGGUCAAGCUCAAGUCUGUUGAGGACAGGCCUGACGACUGGCAGGUGAUGGUCUCGGAGAUUCGCAUGGUUCUGGCGUGGAAAAAUCGGCCAGCCAUUUGCCUCGACUUGCUGUGCCCGCCCGUGGUGGUCUCCAAAGUGGAUGCUGCCAGUUUGUGGCUUGCCCUCUCGGCCCAUAAGGGCCUCGUCGCAUCUCACGAGCUGGUCGAGCAGAUCAGGAAGACGGCCAAGUGGCGGUUUCACACCAGCGAGUGCGACGGCGCAGCGCCCAACGUCAAGCUGCGCGCUUUCAUCUCGAAUUCGGGCGACGACCGGGUGGCCGACGAGAACACCUACUACGACCUCAGCCCAUGUGGGAAUCACAGGAUGCACUUGUGCACGGUCGCGUUGAUCCCGAUUUGCGACCCGUCCCUGUCGACCAACAUCUUCGCGUCCACUGUGUUCCUCACGCAUGCUGGGCAUUGGGUUCGGGUCUUGGCCAGCCCCCAGUCAACGUGCGACGGCCUCGAGGUCACCUUCGAGUCCCCCAACAGCGACGAGAUGACGCACUGGAGGGAGUACAGCAAGCAGGUCUCACUGUUCGUGCUCCGCGCCGCCGAGGGUGCGCCUGGCGCCCAGGCCAGACUGGCCGCGGCAUGGGGCGAGCUCAUGUCGGUCCUGAACGGCCCGUGGAACUCGACGAGGGGGAUGAAGCAUUACUGCAAGAUGGACGGUAGCUGCUGUUCAGGGAGGGACGCCCAGAGUCGCAUCGCCGUCGCGAAGAAGAGGCUCGUUCUCGCCCUCAAGGCGACCCUCUUCAGGAUCAAGCCCAGCCGACCGGCAGAGAACAAAUGGUCGAAGCUCGCCCCGGCGUAUGAUUUCUUUGGGCUGGGCUUGGCAAUCAACGGCGUCCUUCCGACGACGUGCAGAACCGCCUUCGGUGCUUUGCAGGUCCAGUACGACAAGGAUGUUGAGAAGAACGCCAAGAAGAGGGAUCGCGCACGGGCCUCUGGCGUCGACGACGUGGCGGUGACCGUGGACUGGGCGGCUGUGAAUGGUUCUCGCUGCAGACGGCUGUUCUCUCUCAUCGAGUCGGGGGGAUCCGCGCUGGCCAUGCCGAUUUUCAUGGUCGUUGGAGAG